AUGAGUGCCAGUGAGGGUAGUCCUACCAACUCAAUUAAUUACCAAGCUGGCUUAUUCCCUGCUCCUUCACUGAAGAAUCUGAACCGGCGAAAACGAGUGAAACUCAAUGUGUAUACACCUCCCAAUGCUGGUGCACCAAGUGUGCACGCCGUGUACACGUUCGUCUCACAAAGUCAAGGCUUUACUGCACGAAGUUCACAUGUUCUCAGUUUGCCGGCCUCAUCUGAACAACUGGUCAGUAUGAGAUUGGAGGAAGAGGCCGGAUUAGACUAUGAUGGACAUUACUCCCCAGAAGGGCAGGAACCUGGCCUAGAAAUUGAAGCUGAGGCUGCCAACAGCAAUAGGCGGAAGCGCAGUGCAGGAGAACUACUACAACAUGAGGGCCGCGGGGACUAUGUAUACGACACUAUCUGCAGAAACUGUCACUCUGGCACUCCACAAUUCCGCUGUAAAGAUUGCUUCAGCACAGAGCUGUGCUGCCAUGAUUGCGAGUGGACAGGCUCUUACUUUGUGACCAUCUCACUGAAGACGCUAGGGUUGCGUGUGCAGCUCAGUCAUCCAACAGGUGAACGAUGUCUGAUGCCAGAAAGGGCCUACAAUGACGAUUUCACUCUCAUCGAUACCAAUGGAAUCCACGAGAUCGGCCUUGAUUUCUGUGGCUGUGAGACCGCACAGACACAUACAAUACAGUUACUUCGUACAGCUUGGUUCCCGGCAACAACGACUGAUCCACGCUAUGAAUUUUAUCACGCUGUUGCACGACUCUCAGACAACACAGGACUUCACUCACAAAAGGAUUGUUAUGAAGCCUUUAUGCCGAUAGUGCGCAAGUGGCGACAUCUAAAAAUGCUCAAGCGGGCUGGCCGGGGAUAUGAUUCUGCUGGUGUGGAGGGUACUGGACAUGGUGAGUGUGCUGUGAUAUGCCCAGCUUGUCCGCAACCAGGAAAAAACCUACCUGAUAAUUGGAAUGAUGCACCGAAAGGAAAAUGUUGGUUGUAUGGUCUCUUUCUAGCAAUUGAUGCGAACUUUCGCCUCAAAAGGCGCAUGGUAUCUAAAGACAGCGUGGACCCUGGCCUCAGUCACGGAUGGGCUUAUUUCGUCGAGGAGACCGCUUACAAGGCAUAUCUACAAACCUACAGUGGCAACCCGCAGGAGAAAAGUACAUGUUCAUCCCAUAAUGCGGUGAACAUGGCAGACACGAAGGUAUCUCAUGGUCUAGCUGCCACAGGAGUUGGGACCGUUGAUUGUGCACGACACAACAUGAAGUUGCCGAAUGGCGUUGGCGAUCUACAAAAAGGCGAAAGAUACAUGAAUAUGGAUUUUUUGUUCUUCUCGACCCUCCGUGGACGCUGCAUCGACACACUCAAUGUCUCGUACAACAUCGCUUGCCAGUGGCACAAGAACCUAUGGCAGAGGAUGUCAACAAUGCCACUCGACCUCCAUCUAGACCAUCUGGCGACAUUCGUUAGAUUUUUCUAUGUUGGACGCACUGAUGGCAAAGCACCUGAACGCGGAUGGUCAAAUAUCAACCCUGUGGCCUCUAGUACCAAAGAAAUGGGGCCAGGCUCACGGAGAGACACACUCGACGACCAUUUUGGUGACUGGAACUGGAAGAAGGUUGUGGGACUUGGUGCCACACUCCUUCGUAAAAUGAUCGAGGCCAAAGAGGAACAUGAGGCGCAUCAAACAGCAUUCCAAGAACUUGAUGAGGCUCUGGCGCCAGAGACGACGGAGGCCUGGAAGGUUGAAAUCGAAUCCUGGGAGGAGAACCCAAACGAUUCAUCAGUCACAAAUCCAUUUGAAGCAAAGGUUAUUCCUGUUACACAAGCUGCUGUCUGGCUCAAACUUGCCCAACUUGAGGCAUCUGAGCUCCAUCAAGGCACUGACACUUCGAUGCACGCUGAUGUGUCCCCAAGUAUAUUCAUCGCAUUGGGGAUUGACCUAGAGAACGAACAGCGUCGUUUGAAAGUAGAUAUCAUGAAGCAGGGUCUGCAUGCCACAGAUACGCAAAUGGGCAUGCCUAUACCUUGUAAUCCCCAACUCCUCACCAUCGAAUGGGAAUUACGACACGCUCAGGCCAGAGACGCCCUCGAGGAAAUCAGACAAAGUCUUCGCCUGCGGGACUACAUGUAUACCUUCAAGAGGGACUGGAUACGUGGCCAAAGCUUUGAAGCCAGGGCAACAGCUGCAGGAGAGAAGUAUUGUGCAGCUCGCAUGGCUCUCUCAUCUCUUGCGCACGUACUUGGACAUGUUGGCUGGGAUAACAAAUACAGGGUUCUUGAGAGGAAGGACGAUAUACGCAGGGAUGUCAGUUCCAAAGCGAGGGGAAAAAAGACGCUAAUUUUGCCAGCAGGUCUCAGAGUCGAAUGGUGCAAAGCUCGUGCAAGAUCCAUGCGAUGGGCAGAAGAAGUUGAGCUACUUCAGGAGGAGAUGCGCCGGGUGUCCUGCUUUCUUAGGUGGCACGCAUCAUGGUGGAAGAAGAAGAUUGUGGAACACACACUUCAAGUUGGAACCACCGCUGACAAUGAGGGUCUAAGCGCCUAUGCUUAUCGUCAGGCUCAGCUCAGAGAUGAACUCGCCCACUGUUUUGAGAUCAAGUGGGCAGCACAUCUCCCACUGACUGCAGCCUGUAAUACUACGUGUCCAGCAGAUAGUGAAGCCGAGUUAGAUCUCUACCUUCCUGAAUUGUUACUUCCUUAA